GCUGGGGAUCCCCCUACCUCCCCCCACCCCCCGCCUUCCUCCGCGUCCUGCUAAUAAUAAGUGCUUCAGAGGCUUAAAAGCAGGGAGGCAAGUGUCAUGCGGGCGCAACGUAAACGGCUGAGCUCCGGGUGAGUGCCCUGGUCCGCUCUACAGUCGGUACAGCCUGGAGGAAAAAAAAAGGGGGGGAAAGAAAAAAAAAUCCACCAAAAAGCCUCGGAGCUGGUUCCCGAGGAAGGGGCGAGAGGAGAGAAACCCGAAAGGCUGGACAAGCCGCCAGUGAAGUGGCGAUGAGGCGCAGGAAGACGGCAGUAGCGGCCGGCUGCUGCCUCGCCUUCCUUCUGGGCACCCUGCUGAACGUCCUCUUCAUCCCCGGCUCCGAGCACCCGCCGCCCCGCGAUGUGGCUCCCCCCUCCCCGCCCGGCUCCCUCCUCGACCUGCCGGAGGAGGAAGGCGGUGGUCGGGCUGCCCUGGCGCAGCAGAUCCGCGAGCGCUACGAGGAGGUGCUGCACUACCGGCAGCACCGGGCGGCGGCGGCGGCGGGGCGGCGGCCGCUACGGCCGCGGGAGCGGCGCCUGAUGGACCUGGCGCCGCCGCGCACCUCGGCGGAGCAGCCGGGGCCGCGGGGCCGAGCGGCGGCGGGGCCUCGAGCCGGCGCCUCGGCCGAGCUCUCCCUGGAGCCGCCGUUGCUGGGCUGCCGCGACAUCCGAAAUGUCAGCGGCGUGCAGUACUUGGGCUCGGGGUACACUAAGGCUGUCUACAAGGCAGUCCUCAACCGCACGCUGGCCGUGGCUCUGAAGGCGGUGGAUUUCGGCGGGCACGACAUCGCCCACUGCGUGCGGCAGUUCUCCUCCCUGGGGGAUUGCUACCGCCUGGCCGCCUACAAGAUCGUCAAGGAGAUGAUUCUGCUGCAGCGGCUGCGCCACGCCAACGUCCUGCAGCUUUAUGGCUACUGCUACCAAGAUAGCAAUGACAUCCCAGACACGCUGACAACCAUCACUGAACUAGGCUCGCCUUUAGAGAUGAUUCAGCUUUUACAAACAUCCUGGGAAGAUAGAUUUCGAAUCUGUCUCAGCUUAGUUCGGCUCCUGCGUUACUUGGCUCACUCUCCCCUCGGCUCCGUCACGUUGCUGGAUUUUCGCCCUCGGCAGUUUGUGAUUGUGGAUGGGGAACUGAAGGUGACAGAUCUGGAUGAUGCCAGCAUUGAGGAGAGCUCUUGCACCAGUAACAGUGACUGCUUCAUGGAAUUCCCUGCGAGGAACUUCACCCUACCCUGUUCGGUUGAGGGACGGUGUCAGAGCAUGAAUGAAAAGAGGAAUCUCUACAAUGCCUACAGGUUUUUUUUUACAUAUCUUCUUCCACACAGUGCUCCAUCUUCACUGAGACCCUUACUGGAUAAGAUAGUCAAUGCAACAGGAGAACUUCACUGGGGAAUAGAUGAGACAGCUGCUCAGCUAGAGAGAGUUUUGAAUCUGUAUAAGAGUGGAGAGUACCUACAGAACACGACCUGGAUGCCAAAAGCUGAGUACAGAAGAGUGCCUGAAGCUUUUAUUCCUGAUGAGAACUACAGGUGCUGGCCAUCUUACCAUCAUAAGGGCUGCCUCCUCUCUGUGUUCGACGUCAAUGAAGCCAUUGAGAUCUGUGACAGCUACUCCCAGUGCAAAGCUUUCGUCCUAACUAACCAAACAACUUGGACAGGUCGGCAGCUUGUCUUCUUCAAGAUGGCCUCAAAUCAUAUCGUGCCUGAUCCUGACAAGAUAACAUAUGUGAAGGUGACAGACUGACACAUAAAGUGGCUCAGUUUGACUCGUGAGAGACAAGAGCUGUUUGUGUAUAAAUAUAGGCAGCUGUUAGGUAGAAGGCAGCCGUGGCUGGAAGAUAAUUGCACUAUUACUCAUUCUAAUCUAUAGAGUGCCAAACAAAACUUAAAUAACCUGCAUGACCAGGAUGAAUGUGCAAUAAAACAACGUUUUGACAAUGUGAUUUAAAAAUACCCCACCUAAACAAACAAGCAAAAAGGCAAAAUACAAGCUAUGAUGCACUGUUAGGGUACAGUUUUGGUUCUAAAUCAUCUGGCAGCUCUGGCUUUUCUAACCAAGGUUAGCAUCGUGUUUCUGACCCGUACGUGUGUGUACAGGGAUGGAAGUUGCUAAUGUCUAUGGGAAGCCUGGAUCCUCCGCGCUGAUGUUUAUUUGAGCACGUACAAUCACCAGAGAGCAACUGGAGCGUGUCAUUUUGUAAGCAGAACAGCACACAGUACUGAAGACAAUCAGCAUUUGUGUUCAAGCUAUCAAAUCUGUGAUGCCGGUGCCUCCCUUGUCUAAAGGAAGGAGUUGGUUGUGUUUAGAGUUGCAAGAUAGCUCAUUCUCAUUUUGCUUCCAAUAUUAUCAUAAAGUUCCAUUUCUGACUUAAAAGAGCCGUUUUGUAGGUCUAGCAAAUCACAUAAGCAUAUGAAUAGUCCCACUGAAAGGGUACUUAGCCAAGUGCCCAGUGCUUUACUGAAUAAGGGAUAGGCCUAAGCAUAUGCUUACAAUUAAGCCUGUGCUUAAGGCUUUGUUGAAUCAAGUUUGAAUUGUUCAGGAAGCCACAUCUCUGACAUACUGGCAAAGCAAUUCAGCUGGUGGAACAGUACUAGUUUAAUGACUAUCUUGCAGUUAGUCAUGUUUUUUUUACCCCCAAAUCCUUGGUUUUCUAAGGCACUGCUUGCUAAUUCUUAGAGUGAAUGAAGUAAAUGACCUUAAUAAUGUCAAACGAAAGGUAGCCUUAACUCUAUAAAAUGCAUUUUACAGGCAUGGUGUGUCUAGAGAAUUUGCUUUCAGUGAAAGUAAUAAAGUAAAUGCUAAAGUGACCAAUGUCAUACUGAUUUGUAGUUUGUACAGUCAGGAAAAAAAAUGUGCUUUUGUUUUUCAAAUGUUUUAUUUU